AUGGACGUGACACUGAACGAUAAGCUGUCAGCUGCGUCAGCGAACGGGGACGUGUCCGCGGUGCUGGGGCUCCUGAGGGCUGGGGCUUCAGUCAACGGGACGAAUAGCUUUGGACGCACGGCUGUGCAGGUGAUGAUGAUGGGCAGCACGCCGGUGGCCCGGGCCCUGCUGCGGCACGGAGCGGAGCCCCGCGCCGCGGACCCCUCCACCGGCGCCACCCCGCUGCACGACGCGGCCGGGGCGGGCUUCCUGGACACGGUCCGGCUCCUGCUGCAGCACCGGGCCGACCCGCGAGCCCGGGACCACGCAAACCGUCUGCCGGCCGACGUAGCCAGGAAGAACAAGCACGACAAAGUCGCAGCCUUCCUGGAGAGCCUGUGA